AUGGCUAUUGAUUCUGUGAGACCCAUUUCCUUUCAUGCUCUUCUUCUUCUCCAUUCUCAUUUCUCUGAUUACUGCUUCACUUCCUUUGGAACCUAUGCGCCAAACAGCACCUACCAGUUCAACCUCAACAUCCUACUAUCCAAAAUCACUUCAAGCCCUAACGUCCAUUACGGCUUCUACAAUCUCUCUUACGGUCGAUCCCCAGACACAGUCAACGCAAUCGGACUCUGCCGAGCAGACGUUACUCCGACCACCUGCCGUAACUGCAUCAGAAACUCCACCACCGCCACGCAUUCCUGUUAUAAUUACAGCACCGCAAUUUCAAUACACGACGAGUGCCUAUUGUUCUACUCAGGAUAUUUUAUAUUCGGUCUCGUCCCCACUCUGGAUUUCACUAUCUACAAUAGGAGCGUGAGGGAAAAUAUAAAAAAUUGGGAUGAGUAUAAGCUAGUUGUGAAUGGCUUACUUGGAAGUCUGAGUGGGAAAGCAGCGUCCGGUGAUUUUCGCCGGAAAUUCGCCGCCGGGAACACUGAAGCAGGAUCCAGUGGGAGGAAGAUAUACGGCGUUGUUCAGUGCAUGCCUGAUUUGGAUGACUCGGAGUGUCGUAAUUGCUUGGACGGGGCUAUCCCGAAAAUCCCAGAAUGUUGUAAUGGUAGCGUACGAGGCCAGGGUUUUUAA